GUGCGUUGAGAGGUUACUGUCAUGGCUGCCUCCACUCAGCGACACAAUGCUUGAAUGUAUGAACAUAGCAAACGAGAAAUAACUUGUAAAAUAUAUUAUUGAGACUCAUAUUAUGUUUCGUUGUAAAAGAUAACAGUUGACGGUAUCACCAAUGAUUGGAAUUUAAAACCAAAGCCGAUUCACAACGAACUGGGGUCAACUAGCAGGAGCAGACAGGUUGCUGGGCAGCUGAAGGAGGCGAUGUCCGUUGCCUGUGUGCGAUUGUCCAGGAGGUUUGGUGUCGUCCUGGGGACCCGUACAUACGCAACCCCCAGCCAGGACCCAAGGACUACAGAUCCCAAGGCGCAUGGAGAGCCAGUCUUCCAGUACGCAGGGAAGCACAGAAGGCCCAAACAUAAGGUGUUUGUGUGGGGCUUCAGCUUCACUGGAGCCCUGGGGAUUCCCAGCUUUGUGGUUCCUGACAGCGGCAGGAAACAACCCAGGAAGUACCAGCUCACGCCCUACCGGCUGGAGACAGAGCAGAAGGUCUCCUCGGCGGCCUGCGGCUACGGGUUCACCCUGCUGUCCUCCAGCACGCAGGACCUGACCAAAGUGUGGGGGAUGGGCCUCAACAAGGACUCCCAGCUGGGCUUCCAGCGCUCCCAGCACGACCGCCAUAAGAGCUAUGAGUAUGUGCUGGAGCCGUCCCCGGUGUCCCUGCCCCUGGCCCGGCCGCAGGUGACGCGGGUGCUGCAGGUGUCCUGCGGCCGCGCCCACUCCCUGGUGCUCACGGACUCGGAGGGAGUGUUCAGUCUGGGGAACAAUGCCUAUGGACAGUGUGGGAGGAAGAUUGUCGAGGAGGAAGUAUACAGUGGCAGCCAUGUCAUUCACAAGAUGGAGGGCUUCGACAGCCGCGUCGUUCAGGUGGCGUGUGGGCAAGAUCACAGUUUGUUCCUGACCGAGACGGGCAAGGUGUACGCCUGUGGGUGGGGGGCGGAUGGGCAGACAGGGCUGGGUCACCACGACAUAACCGCACGCCCAGUGCCUGUGGCGGGGGACCUGGCUGGAGUCAGGGUGCGGCAGGUGACCUCGUACGGAGACUGCAGCCUGGCAGUGUCGGAAGAGGGCCAUCUUUUCGGCUGGGGGAACUCUGAGUACUUGCAGCUGUCUGCAGUGACUGAAUCCACACAGAUCAGCUCUCCACGGCUCCUCCCCCUGAAGGGCGUGGGCCGGGUGCAGCAGGCAGCCUGUGGAGGGACGCAGGUGGCCAUUUUGAACAACAAUGGAGAGGUGUUUGUCUGGGGAUAUGGCAUUCUGGGUAAAGGACCAGACCUAUCUGAGUCCAGGACACCUGAAAUCAUUCCAUCUACACUGUUUGGGAAGUCAGAGUUUAACCCCACGAUGACCGUCACUCAGAUCCGCUGUGGACUCACGCACUUUGCAGCCGUCACAGACCGCGGAGAGCUCUUUGUCUGGGGGAAGAAUCUGCGGGGCUGUCUGGGCAUCGGAAAGCAACAGGACCAGUACUUCCCCUGGCGGGUGACGGUACCGGGCCAGGUGGUGGACGUGGCCUGUGGGGUGGACCACAUGGUGGCGCUGGUCAAGUCGCUAAUGUGAUCUGGCCGGACCAGAUCCAGCACUGCACGCUCCUGCCUUGCCUGUUUUCCCACAUCGACAGACAGGGCAGGCCCUGUCGCCAACCCAGUGCCGACUGAAGUGCUUUGGCCUUGGGAGGAAGUGUAUGCAUGGCUUUUUGGUCCUUUGAGCCCUGCCAAAACCCAGACUUCCACACACUCUGUGGACAGAUGCCUUGCCUUGUGGUCUAAUCUUCAGCGAACUGAAGUUGAAGACCAACUGAGGUUAGAAGUUGGAAGGGUUUAUCCCUGCACUGUUAUGUUGGUUUUGCCACCUGCACAGGGAGCACUACAGCUUCUCCACACUGUAGAAAAAUCAUGAUAUAGCUGCAAGCAGUGAUGUUGGAGGCCAAGCACUGUCUACAACCAUUCUGCAUGCUGAACAGACGUACUGACCAAUUCCCUAAUUCACCACAAAAUCUUUGUGGGCAGUCCUGAUUUGGGAAGUUUGUAUUCAGUAGGAAAGCCCUGAAAAACACCAACAGGCCUUGUAGGCAGAGGUUGGUUUGUGUGCUUGUGCAGACUGUUCCAACUCACCGUACAUACUCAGCAACACCCUGAAGUGAGCCAAUCAUGUGAUUGCUGUGAGAAUAAAAUGUAUCACAAAGUGA